GAGCUAUAAAGUCCAGAGUCCAGAGUUCCUGUUCCUGCUUCUGAUUAAUUCUAUACUCCAAUCUACCUAGAGAGCUCAAGAGCAAGAAACCUGAUUCACAUGAGUAAAACUUCUCUCUGAUCCAGCAAUAUUGCCUUGGGUGGUAUCUUGCCCCUGUGUUAACAGAGUGAAUACAAAGACUUUCAAAAUCUUUGUGUUUCAAAAACACAAAGGAUUUAAAAAUCCUGCCAACGCAACUUGAAACCAAGUUAAGGAUUUUCUUUGGGCCACGAGUGAAAGACGUGAAACAAUUUCUUUCCUGAGAUGAUGACCUACCCAAGAGAUUGCUGUAGAAAAUUACCUAUAAUGAAUGAAAAUCAUAAAGAAUCUCAACCCAAAGUAGACCACGUGGACGACAACUUCGCAACUUGCCUUCUCAAGCUCUUAGUGAUGGUUCUUAUUUUUUAUGUAUUCCGGGAGGAAUGUUUUGGAAAUAAGAAAAGAAAAGGAAAUGUCUCUAGCAUCUGCUGGCCUGCUUUCUGUCUCUGUGAAUUUACCUAUCCAGAUCAACUUAAGGAAAAUGAUCAACUUAGGAAGGAAAAUGGUAAACUUUUAUGACUCUUUACAAAAUAUGAUCUCCCUAUUAACCGUUUCAUAAGAAGUCAUAUAUUACUCUUUUUAUUUUUCAGAUCAACUUAGGAAGGAAAAUGGAAAAUUGCAAAAGGAA